AUGGUGCAAAAUUAAUUUCAGUUUUUUUAUUAAUACAACAAAUUUUAUUCUAGUUUCCGCGCAAAGAAAAAAAUUUUUUUCAGGUCUUACGGAGACUGUUUAAAGUUCAAAAACUGGUACGUUUAUUUUUUUCUUCAUCUAAAUUUGAUUCCAUUUUUUUCUCCUUUUCGAGGAAUUUUUUUUUUUUUAAAAUUUGAAAAAAAGUUUUCAUGGAAUCAUUGAAAAAAAUUGAAUCAAGUCUUGUUCUACUUUUUUUGAAGAAUUUAGUUAAUUUUUUUCUAAUUAAUUGCAGUCGGCCAUCUUCAACUUUCAAAGCCUGAUAUCCGUAAUUCUACUGCUUAUCUGUACUUGCGCUUACAUUCGUGCAUUCGCUCCGAAAGUAAUAGACAGGAACAAGGAAGGGUACGAUUUUUGCAAACUUUUUGCACAGAGAAACUCCAUAUUUCAGUCUUCUCGGAGUUUUCUGGAAGUGUGCUCGUAUUGGCGAGCGUCUUAGCCCUUGGGUUGCAGCCAGUUGCUUUUGUAUGGCCUUUGUCGUACUUUUCGUAUAAUGCAUUUCUCCAAAAGCCCUCAGAAGGGCGGGAGAGUUAAUGAAAAUCAUUAUGAAAUUAACCGUCAACAACCAGCAAAGCCUUUCACGGGCCCCAAUCAUUUCUUCAUAACCAGGUAAGGAGUUUUUCAGUAUUGAAUAUGAAAAGUCCUAAAGUGUUACCAUUUAUUUUACAAAUUUUUUUGAAAGGCCAAAUCAUUAGUGAUUGACAGGUCGCUGAUGUUUUUUUAUUGUUGAUAGUUAGCGGCCCUAGUGUUUCAAGAAAGAUAGUAGAUAACGACUGUAUUCGAGUUUUCAGUUACUCUCUGACAAUUCGUAGGUAGUGAAGCCCGUUUUCACGCUUUCUAGUAAGAAUGAAAUAAUUAUUAAUUCAAACUCGAAGCUUAGUGAUGAAUUUUUUUUUACAGAAAAACUAAUGUCGAGUCCCAGGUGAGAAAUGUUGAAGAGCUUUUUACAUAACAAGUAUAGCGAUGUAAGUUCCUUUUAAUCUUUUUAAAUAAAGGUUUUUAAAAUAGGUCUACAUUCACGGAAUGGGGGCUUCUAUCAAUAGUGUAUUGGUUUUUGUGGUUGAACUCGAGAAACUUUUUGCCGGAGCUCUGAUAUCUGACGUUCAAACUUCUACUAUCCAUGUGAGUUACAAGAAAAAUGUUUCUUAUCCUUUUCAUUCUUUCAUAGGUGACUGACAAUCUUUUUCCUAUGAGCGACGAAUUUGAGGCGGGAGACAGAUCGAGACCGCUUUCCGCAGUUCAUGUCCACUUGUACCGGGCUGUCGUUUAAUUAAUGUGGCUUAGUAAGCCAGGACAACUUUUUUAUUCCACUUGUGCCUAUUCUCGGGUAAUAAAGGUGUAUUAGAACGAUAUUCACUUUGGUUGUUCAAAGGUGCCUUGUAACACUCAAUUUCUUCGUGGCUCGUUCGCUCUCUUUUAAAACUUUAUUUUCAGAUGUUUUGUAAAACAGUUUAUUCAAGAAUCCGAAAUUUGUCCAUCAAUUCUUUUCGACGUUUCACACGGCCUCGGCUAGCCAUCGUCGGCAGCGGACCUGCAGGUUCGUUUUUUUUACGUAUAAUUUUCAAUUAUUUCUCAAAGUUUUGAAUUGAUUCUUUUCAAGGAAUGUUCACAUGUAACGCUCUUCUGCGAAGGACGAAUUUCGCCGUAGACGUUUUUGAAAACUAUCACGUACCUUUCGGUUUGGUGAGGUACGGAGUGGCGCCAGACCAUCAAGAGGUUUUUUUCCUUUUAGCUCUUAAUAUUCAAUUUGCAUUCAAGGUGAAAAACUGUAUCAACCUUUUCGAUAAUAUGUUUGACUCCAAUAAGGAUCGUUUACGGCUUUUUUGUAAUGUGAAGUAGGGUUUUUUCUGCAGAAUAUGGGUCAAUAUAAUUUUUUUUAAGUAUUGGGAAAGACGUUACUUUCGAAGAGCUAACGAAUAACUACAAUUCUGUUUUGUUGGCGUACGGAUCCUACAAAACGCGCUCGCUCGCCAUCCCAGGUUUCAUAUUCGGCAGUUUCACGUAAGAUCUUAGUUCAGGCGAAAAGAGUUUGAACGUUUUGUCCGGCUCUGAGUUCGUCGGUUGGUACAAUGGUGUUCCAAAUGUGGCGGUACGUGCGAUAUGAGGUUUCUCUAUAAAUAUGUAAUUUUUUAGACAUUUUUUGGAUAUCCAUGAUUUGAAAAUCUGUUUAGAAUCCGAGUUUGGAUGGUGACUCCGCUGUGAUUAUUGGCAAUGGAAACGUCGCACUGGAUUGUGCCAGAAUAAUAUCUAUGGGGGCAGAUGGAAGUUUGAAGUUUGUUCUUUUUUUUCACAUUUUGAACUCAUUUUCUUCUUGAAGGUCAUCGGACAUUCCUGAUGAUCGGUUAGCCCAUUUGCAAGAGUCAAAAAUACGAAAUAUUAAGGUUUUAGGACGAAGAGGUCCUGGAGAUGUUAGUUAUCUUCAAUAGUUUGAGAAAUUUAAGAAGUUUUCAGGUCUCAUUCACAAUAAAAGAGCUCCGCGAGCAGUUCAAACUAGCAGAAUGGAGCAGCGCUGUAGAUAUGAGCAGAGAAGACGAAGAAACUCUCAGAUCUGAACUGCCGAAGUUCGAAAGAAAAAAGAAACGGUUAACUGAAGUUAGCGAUUCGCAGUUUUCCGAAAUAUCUCUCGGUUUUUUUCAGCUCUUGCUAAAGUUUGCUGGAAAACCUAACGGACCAAGACAGUGUCAUUUCCUGUUUAAUCGAGUUCCUCAAGAAGUGCUCAGUGACAGUUGUGGUCGUGUAAAAGCAAUUAAGUGAGUCUCGGUAUAAGAGUUCCGCACUUAUUUUUCUUUUCAGGGUUUUCAACAAAUACACAAAUGAGACUGAAACCGUUCCUUGCUCUCUUCUCAUUUACAGUAUUGGAUAUCAGACACUCAUUCUGGAUGGAGUGCCGCAAAACGCUAAGGUGACCCACCUAUAUAUGACAUCAUGUGAUUUGAUUUUUUGAUACUGGGUGAAACUCAAAUCGUUGAGAAUUUAUAAUAUCAAACAUAACAGUUCUAGAAGAACAGUUGAGGUAUUAAAAACCUGCGAAAAAAUUUUUUUUACUAUCAGUUUUACCAAGCAUGUUUUUGUUCAUUUUUCGAUUGAAAAUUUGAUGAAAAUUGACCGCAGAAAAGUUUAGGAUUUCAGAGUGAAGAAGGAAGAAAACCUACUCUUCUCACUGGGAAACCCUUUCUCGAAGCUUAGUUUUUUGAUUCCAGGGUAUGAUAGAUAUGAAAGACGAGUGUCGAGUGAACAUCCAAGGUCCGACGCCGGUUUAUGCGACUGGUUGGUGUGCACAUGGACCCCGCGGAGUCAUCGUCGACACGCAACAACAGUCGGCCUUCGUCGCUGAGCAAAUCGCCAAAGAUUUCGAAAACUUUAACGGCAAAAGUAAGAUUUUGUGAAUAGUUUUCGCUUUUUCUAGCGUUAUCUGCUUUCCAAAAAACUUUUUGAGCUUUUAGUCAUUCUAGAACAUUUUUUCUUGAUCAUCUUUUCUUGAAAAGAAACCUGGAAAAUUUUCGAUCUAUUGGAGAACGAUAGCGACUUUGCACAAUGAAAAAGACAAAAAAGUUAUUUGUUUUUUUUUUCUCUUACUAGUUAGUUUAUUGCUUCCAUGUUUGUUUCGGAAGCAUCGAAUAUCUUUUCCGGUUUAAUUUCUCUGAGAAAUUUGUAACAAUAGGAAGAAAAGAAUUGGAGAAGAAUACUUAUAUACUCAGACUAUCAAGAUUAUUUCAAUUUCAAUGGGAAACCCUCAGAAUAGGCCUUCUCGUUUUUCAAAUCAAAACGAUUUUAUUUCUAGCGGCUGUCGGAGCCGAUGUGUUGCUGAAACAGCGACACGUGCGGAGUAUAUCAUGGGACAGGUGGAAGUUCAUCGACAAUGAGGAGAAGCUCAAAGGCCAGAAAUCUGGCAAAAUCCGAGAAAAAUUCACAACUUUUGACUCCUUUGUUAAUUGA